AGUGGAUAAUGCCCAAGAAUUUUUAUAUUGUGUACAAUAUCCAUUUGUAGAUCUGAUAUCAUUUAUUCCAUUAUUAUUUGUUGCUAUUGAGUCUGCCAAAUCAUUUCAUUAUUUCUCUUUUUAAUGUCUACAUGAGGUGAGGAUAGCAUUUAAUGAAAAACAAUCCUGCAAAUUCUAGUUCUCCAAAAACACCGAUGAAGCAGGCUAAAAACGACACUGGAUUGAUUGUUCCGCUCCUGCCUGAGGUUGAAUCUUCAGAAAAUCAAAUCGUAAAUGGUGCAUCAAUUUCUGGAGCAGUGCUCAACAUAUCAACAACCAUGAUAGGUGCUGGAAUUAUGUCAGUUCCAGCAACAAUCAAGGUGCUGGGCAUCAUUCCUGGGUUCAUAUUACUUCUUAUAGUUGCAUUUUUUGUAGAGGUAACUGUGGAGUUCAUGCUAAGGUACACGCAAUCAGGCCAGUCCAGUACCUAUGCUGGCCUUAUGGGGGAAUCAUUUGGUACAAUAGGAUCAAUUGGAGUACAACUAUGUGUCAUAAUCACCAACCUUGGCUGUCUUAUCAUCUAUCUGAUUAUAAUUGGGGAUGUUCUGUGUGGGAAUCAAUCUGGUGAAACCAUGCACCUAGGCAUUCUACAAGAAUGGUUUGGUAUCCAUUGGUGGAACUCACGAGCUUAUGCCCUUCUAUUCCUAGUGCUUAUUGUGAUGCUUCCCCUGGUCUUAUUACGCCGAGUAGAUUCACUAAAGUUCACUUCAGGAGUCUCCAUUCUCCUUGCAUUAGUGUUUGUAGCCAUAAGUUCAGCAAUGGCAGUUUAUGCAAUGUGGCAAGGGAAGACUCAGAAACUUAGACUAUUCCCAGAUUUUGCCAAUCAAGCAUCCUUGUUUGAUCUUUUCACCACAAUCCCAGUCUUUGUAACUGGUUUGGGAUUCCAUGUUAAUGUUCACCCCAUUAGAUCAGAACUUGGAAAACCUUCUGAUAUGAACUCAGCUGUCAGGAUUUCCCUCAUCAUUGGCAUUGCAAUUUACUUUGCAAUUGGUUUCUUUGGCUACUUACUAUUCGGUGACUCGAUCAUGCCUGACAUUCUAGUAAACUUUGAUCAAAAUUCUGAUACACCAAUCGGCCAAUUACUCAAUGAUUCUGUCCGGUUAAGCUAUGCAAUCCACUUGGUUUUCGUAUAUCCUGUGAUGAGCUUCUCUUUGAGGGCUAACAUAGAUGAACUGCUCUUCCCCAAGAGGCCUAUAUUAGCCAUGGACACUACAAGAUUUGUGUCUCUAACUUGUGUUCUAUUAGCUGUUACUUAUAUAACAGCAAUAGCCAUACCCAAUAUAUGGUAUUUUUUCCAGUUCAUGGGAUCAACAACCAUUGUUUUUCUCUCAUUUAUUUUUCCAGGCUUGAUCAUUCUCAGGGAUGUUCAUGGUAUUUCUUCAACAAGGGAUAGGAUCAUGGCAGUAUUAGUGAUAAUUCUUGCUGGGGUGAGCAGCUUCAUUGCCAUAUAUUCCAACCUGCAAAAUUCCAGGAACAACAAAUGAUGAAUUUUUCCUUUCCUUUUCCUUGUUCUACAUCUCUUGCGAGAGGAAGGGGUGAAUUUUCUUACCACCAUAUUUGUUGAAUUCAAAACAAAUUUUCAUGGUGGUGAAUUGUCAACUAAAACAUAGAUUAACGGUUGUAUUGUGAUUAUUUAUUAUGUAUAAAAUUAAAUGAUUAGAUUGUGAUCAUUGAUUAUAGUGACUUGCACAUGGGUUUCAUUAUAAUUAAAGAUUAUGAUAUAUUUAUUGUA